CCUCUUCCUGGAUAUAAUUUACUAGUUAUCAUCUAUUUUUAAGCUCUUCAUGUGUAUCGAGUUUCCUUUAUUCACGAGUAAUGGGUCAAUCGUUUUAUAUAUCAGUUGAUCAACUAAAUUCGUCAAUAUAUAAUUUAAUAUUUAUGGUUAAUUAGAUUUCAUAAUAGUACUAAAAUAUCGUAAUUAUAUGGCGAAUAUGACAUUGGCAUUAGCCGACGAAGACAAAUUUGUGGUAACGAUACCCUUGAUAAAUUUUAUUUUAUUUAAAUUUCUUGAACAAGUGGCUUAGAACUAAACAAAAACAUGGUUUGAAAUUUCUUUUAAAAUAUUUUUGCUUUAUUUAGAUAAACCGCUUCAAUUAAAAACCAAUUAAAUAUGGUAUUAUAUUGUUAUAUUACCUCCUACUCUCAUAGCCUAGGUUAAUAUCUUACCUUAUUCUUUUUACUAUAUUACCUCAUACUCUCAUAGUCUAAUUUAAUAUGUACAUAAUGUGUCAAUGAGUUAAAGCCGAAAAAAAUCCUACUUAACGAAUUAAACAAUAACCUUUUACCUAAUUUUAUUUUUUUCUUCUUUCGCAAUAAACAACUGUCACUUCAAAAUUUGUAAAUUUAUUAAAAAUUAUAAAUUUGGUUAAAGUUAAGGACUACUAUGAAAUUUAUUUUUUCAAUUAUAAUGGUACAAUGGUAAUCUUAAGGGUGAAUAUUUUUCGGGGACCGGAAUGGUAAUUUCAGGCACCCAUGAACUAGAAAACAUAUUUUUUGUAAAAAUCCGUCCUAUAUGUCGCUUGAAAAUUAUUUUUAUCUUUCAUUAAAACAGUACUCAACCUUUAACUCUAUCACACUUUUUUUUAAUAAUUUAUUUCUAGUUCCGUUCUCGCACUUAAAUUUACCAAACCAUAAUAACAAUUAAAAAAAAAAAUAAGUGUAUACUAAUACAUCAAAUGCACAUGUUGGAGUUGGAGUUCAAAAAAAAUGCAAAUGUUAGACCAUUGGCGGGGAAGUGCUGAUGAUAUGACGCUAUGGUGAGAAGAGAAAGGGGUCUUUACAAAUGGUUCACAAACAUGGACCAUGUUCCAAGUUCAAUGAAGACAUGAUGAAAUCCUUGACUUUAGACGAAAUCUUCUCUCGUGAUCAGUCAAGAGUUGACUCAAUCCUCAACAAAGUGAGAAAAGAAAUCCAAGGGUCGAAAACCACUCUCCCUGCAAAAUCCGGCAGCUCAAUCGGAACCCUAAACUACAUAGUGACUAUCGGACUGGGCACCCCAAAGAAAGAUUUUACACUCGCUUUUGACACAGGAAGCGAUCUAACAUGGACACAAUGUCAACCAUGUGCUGGAUCCUGCUAUAGCCAACAAGAUCCAAUAUUUCAACCUUCCACAUCUUCUACAUAUUCCAACAUCUCUUGCAGUUCGUCCGAGUGUGCACAACUAGAUUUAGCCCGUUGCAGCUCAUCCACAUGUGUCUACCGCGUCGGAUAUGGAGACGGAUCUUUCACUAUUGGAUUCUUCGCAAAAGAUAAGCUCACACUGACUUCGGAAGAUGUAAUUGAUGAUUUCUUCUUUGGAUGUGGCCAAGACAACGAAGGACUCUUUGUAGGUGUUGCUGGGCUCUUCGGACUUGGUAGGGAUAAGCUCUCUUUUGUGUCGCAGUCUGCUGACAAAUAUGGGAAAGUUUUCUCCUAUUGUCUCCCAUCAAUAGAUAGCUCUAGUGGUUUCUUAAUGUUUGGAAGUAGCGGAAUUGGUAGCAAUGUUGUUUACACGCCACUCUCUGCUUCGCAAGAUAACUCUUUUUAUGGUCUUGAUCUUGAAGCUAUAUAUGUUAAAGGAAACAAACUAGAAAUAAAUCCGACUGUUUUUACGACAUCAGGCAUGAUCAUAGACUCGGGAACUAUCAUCACAAGGCUCCCACCUACGGCUUACUCGGCUCUAAGUGAGGCAUUUCAAGCGGAAAUGACGCAAUACCCUUUGACCCAAGGACCGAGUCUAUUUGAUACAUGUUAUGAUUUUAGCAACUAUGAAAAUAUCACAAUACCCAAGAUAAGUGUGGUUUGGAGUGGGAAUGUAAACGUUGAAAUUCCACCUCAAGGGAUACUUAUUCCAGUUAGCAAUGAAGUGUAUUGCCUUGCUUUUGCUGCGAAUCAGGAUGAUUCUGAUAUUGGUGUAUUUGGGAAUACGCAGCAACAGACGUUGGAGGUUGUGUAUGAUGUGACUGCCGGAAGGAUCGGAUUUGGCCCUGGAGGAUGUUCUUAAACACAAGUGAUGAAAAUAAUUUACAAUGGUACAUGGUUGUAAUAAAGGAUUUAAAUAUCAAUUUAGCAAGAAGACUGAUAAUAUAAGGUAUGUAUGAUGUAUGUUUAUCGAUUACCACUUUUUUAUAUUAAGAACUAUGCAAUUAAAUGUA